CAGACGGCCCAUUCUAUCACUCUCUCCCCCUCGCUUCUACCUUCUUCAAUAUUCUUUCACUUUCUCUCUCUGAAAAUCUCACAAGGAGCUGCUAAAAUGAGCAGUGCUGAAUGCGCAGAGAACAAGUUCUACGAUACCCAUCAGCUCCUCUUCCCAAAGAAAUCAAUGAUCAGUAGGGACAUUGAAAUCAUGCCACCAAGGAAGCUCCUCACUCGCCUUGGCGGCGCCAAAACUGUUAUGCACGACGUCGCCGAUAUUUUCACUGACUCGCCACGGUUUUCUUCUUCUGAUGAGAUCCUUCUGCGGAAAUUCCUCCCCCACAACAAUAUCGUGGAUGAAUCCGACGACGACGAUACCGAUCCGUACUCCUCCGAACACUUCCGAAUGUACGAGUUCAAGGUCCGCCGAUGCAGUCGCAGCCGGAGCCACGACUGGACCGACUGUCCCUUCGUUCAUCCCGGUGAAAAGGCUCGCCGGCGCGAUCCCAGAAGGUACCACUACUCCGGCACUAUCUGCUCGGAGUACCGCCGCAGCGGCUCAUGCAGACGCGGCGAUACUUGCGAGUUUGCACACGGGGUGUUUGAAUGUUGGCUUCACCCAGCAAGGUACAGAACGGAGGCUUGUAAGGAUGGUAAGAAUUGUAAGCGGAAGGUGUGCUUCUUCGCUCACACCCCUCGCCAACUGAGAAUUUUGCCGGCGAAUUGUUCUUCUUCACUGGAUCAAAUCUCAGACAAGAACAAGAAAUUCUUAAACCCCUCAUUGGGAUCAAACAAUAAUUGCUGUAUGUUCUGUCAUCGCUCUGCUCAUUCUUCUCCAACUUCAACUCUCAUUGGGAUGUCCCAUUUUUCACCGCCGCCGUCGCCCUCUAUCUCACCGACCAAAACAGGAACCUCUGCGAAUGGCUUGUCGCAAAUUUCAAGACCCCAGCAAGUCUAUCUGCCUCGAGAAUUUCUUCCACUGGAAAAAUCGAGAGCAGAAUCGUUGAUGAUGAUAAUGGGUCUUCCUGUGCAACUCCAGAUCUCGGUUGGGUCAAUGACCUGCUCAUAUAGAUGCAUGGUGACUAUUAUUUCAGGAAGAUAAAAUAACUUGCUGUCAUUGCUGACGACGACGACGACGCAGAAGUGUAAAUACCGUGUGAGCAGUGGUGGGAUGUCUAUUGUUAUAGUUAUUGUUUCAGGUUCAUUACUUUGUCUGAAUCUGUUGUUAAUUACUGUGAAACAGUUUUUAACCAUUCUGUAAUUUAUUAUGCACGAUGUCUGUAGACACCAUAUGUGUGUGUGUGAUUUUGCUUUAGGUGAAAGCUAUAUAGAGAUUCAUGAGUCA